AUUUAAAGGCCGGAGAGGGUGUGGGACAACCUGACUGAGCACCAAGACUCCUCUGCAAAGACCUAGACCCUAGCUCUGAGACAAUAUGGCUGACACAAGCACUAAACUCAGUGGGGGGUCAGUCAGAUUUGGAGCCACUUAUGGAAGCAACCGUCUGUUCACAGGGGCCAGAGGAGGAGGAGGUGGAGGCUCUCACAUAGUUCUGUCCCGUUCACUUGGCCUGGCAAGGGGAGCAGGAGCCACUGGUGGAGCUCUUGGUUUGGGACUUGGGCUUGGAGGUCUAGGUCUAGGUGCUGGUGCACGUGCUGGUGGAGCAGGUAUUGGCCUGUAUGGAGGCACACUUGCUGGUGGAGCAGGUAUCGGCUUGGGCGGAGGCGCACUUGCUGGUGGAGCAGGUAUUGGCCUGGGCGGAGGCGCAUUUGCCUUAGGUAGUGGUUUGGGUCUGGGAGCUGCAGGCUUUAGGGCUGGUGUGGCUCCUCUAAGAGCUCGUCUGGGUGGCCGUGUCUUCAAGAUCGGAGGUUAUGGUUUUAACCCAGCCUUCUUUAAUACCAGCACCACAGUGGAUGCAGGUAUCAGUCCGGUGCCCACCAUUGACCCCACACUCCCAUCUAUGGACAUGGUGCAGGUCACACGCUUGAAGGAGAAAGAAGAGCUGCAAGUCCUCAAUGACAAAUUUGCAUCCUUCAUUGAUAAGGCUCGGUCGCUGGAGCAGCACAAUGCUAUACUGAAAGCCAAGAUUGCCAUGUUCACCAAUCCUGACCAGGGUGGUCCUGCCAGCACUUCCAUCCUGCUCACGUCAGCUAUCGGAAGCUACAAAUCUCAGAUUGAUGGUCUCACUGCCACUAAAGAGGCCAUCAUCGCUGAGAUCGAACACUAUAAAGGCAUCAUUGCUGAUGUGCAGGCCAGAUAUGAGGAAGAAGUGGCUCAGACCAAAUCUCUGGAGUUGGACUGGAGUACAUUAAAGGAGGAGGUGGACAACCUUUACCUCACUAUUUUUGAGCUGCAAGCUGGCAUCACUAGCCUGGAAGAUCAGAUUGCUCUGUCCAAGCAGGUGUACGAUAGUAAAGUUAAAGAGGUCAGGAACAUUGUGACUGGCAGCGUGAAGUCAGCUGUCUCCAUCUCAGUGGAUAACGCAGCACAGGCACAGGACCUAACCUCUGCUCUUGCCGAUGUUAAAGCUCACUAUGAAGCCCUGGCACAACUCAGCAAACAGGAUGCACUUCACUCUGUGCAGGACAGUCUCUCCAUGAUGACCGUUUCAUCUCAGCCCGGUAUUCAAUCCCUCACUGCGGCCAAAGAGGAGCUGCGAGUCUACAAACUACAGAUUGACUCUGUGCAGAGAGAAAUUGACCGACUCAAAUCACUGAACAUCCAGCUAGAAACUCAGGUGGAUGAAGCUGAAUCUCAGACCAACUCACACACCGGAACCUACCAGGAACAAGUACAAACCCUCAAGUCCCAGCUGGAUGACCUCAGAAAGCAAAUCACACAUUACGGACAAGAAUACCAGGAACUUCUGGCCAGCAAAAUGUCUCUGGAUGUCGAAAUCACAGCUUACAAAAAACUCCUGGACAGUGAGGAGAACAGGCUGAAGUCUGGGGGUGGUGUCACGGUGCACAUGUCUAAGACAGCAGUAGGAGGAGCAGCAGGAGGUGCUGGAGCUGCUCUGGCUCUUGCUGCAGGAGGAGGCGGAGGAGGAGGACUGGGAGGUGGUGCUGGCCUUGCCUUUGGAAGUAGAUAUGGCUAUGGCCUAGACCUGGGUGUCGGAGGUGGUGUCGGAGGUGGUGUCAGAGGUGGUGUCGGAGUGGGAGUGGUAGGAGGAGGACUUGGUCUAGGAGCAGGUGGGAGAAGCUAUGGAUCCUCCAGCUUGAGCAGCAGUACUUUCUCAACCAGUGUUUACUGAAGAAACAAAACCAUCCAGCUUCUUUAAAACACUGAAUGGCAAAAAGCAAAACACUGGCCUGAAUAUUGCCUCCUAAAAUACUUCUAACUCCUUAAAUGCUUCAAGAUUCCAACGACUCUAUGUUACUGGGUUGUGUUGUAUUUUCAUGUUUAAUAACAUAUUCCUACUUUUUAAAUCCAUACUGUGGUAAGACCCAAUAAAACAAUGUUCAUUAA